AUUUUGGAUACUGAGGCAAAGGAAGAACCAUGUGACAAUGUAUCUUCUGAAGUAUCUGAAUUUGAGCAAAAUGAUGAAAAUGAUGAGGUUGAUGCCAUUCAAAUCAUAGAACAAGGUUUAAUGCAAGAAUUGUCCCAGAAUACCCUUGGCAUUGAAAUUAAUGAGUCAUAUAUUCAAAAAUUCGAUAACUUGGUCCCAGGUUCAGUACAAAGUUUAUCAUAUUUGUUUAAUAAAGCAGUUAUAAAGGGUCAAGAAGAAAUUUUAUGUUGGUAUUAUUAUUCCUUUGAGUUUGAAAAUAGA